AAACCUUUAUAAAAAAUGAAUUAAACUUCUUACAGCAAGACAACUCAAAUGGUAAUAAAUUAAGCAUGAAGUAAUAUGAUGUUACAUCCAGCUGAUUGAAGAUUUGGGGUUUUUUUUAUUCCUUGUGGUGCUUAUCUUCUCCUCUAUUUGACAUCCAUGAAAUCCAAGAAUAAAAAGACAAUAUUUUUGCUGCAAGCUCUCAUCUUUAUGCGGUUCUCCAGUUCUCCUCCCUAACGUUACUUCUAAGCUAUGACCAUGUUGACCUUCACUUCCUUGUGGGCUCCAGUACUAUAACCAAAGAUUAGGCCCUUGGGCCAGCUUCAUCUAAUCAUCCUCUCCUGUGUCUCCUCCUACUCUUAUUUCAGCUCUUGAUUCUUCAAUCUAGAUUUUAGGCAUCAAUUUGUGUAAAGGCUGCGAAAAUUAGCUCAACUUUCUUCUCUUCAGCUUCAGUAAGUUGCAAUGGAGGAGAAAAAUGAUGGAGCUAUGGAUUGUACCCCAAAGGAAGAAGCAUCACGUACGUGGAGCCAAUGGCAAUUGCUAGAUUCCAUUCUUCCCACAGGAGGAUUUGCUCAUUCCUUUGGCCUUGAGGCAGCAAUUCAAGCUCGAUUUGUCUCCGGGCCUGAAGAUCUUCGAACAUUCGUGAUCCAUAUACUGGAGAACACUGGAAGCCUACUUCUCCCUUUUGUUUACACUGCAACCAAAUCUCCCGACAUGGAGACAUGGCACAAGCUCGACAGGACGCUGGAUGCAACACUGACAAACGAAGUGAGCCGCAAGGCGUCGAUCUCGCAAGGAUCAGCGCUGAUGAGAGUUGCCGCCGCUGUUUUCCUGGAAAUCCCGAUCCUGAAAACAAUGAGAGAUGCGUCUCUGAGUACAGGCGGCGUGAAUUUCCACCACGCCCCCGUUUUCGGCAUGGUUUGCGGGCUUCUCGGAUUGGAUCCAGAAGCUUCUCAGAAGGGUUACAUGUUCAUAACAAUGAGAGAUGUCAUCUCCGCCGCAACUAGGUUGAAUUUGGUAGGACCUCUCGGUGCAGCUGUUCUGCAACAUCAGAUCGCCGUGAUCUGCGAUGAUUUGUCCAGAAAAUGGAUGGACCGCCCGGUGGAAGACGCUUGCCAGACUUGUCCCUUGAUCGACACUGUUCAAGGCUGCCAUGGUUACCUGUUUUCAAGGCUCUUUUGCUCCUGAAAGACUGGAAAACCUGCUGCCAAUUCAAUGGAAUUUAGUCACUACACAAAAUUUAUUUUCAAGUUUAACAAUGCUGAAUUCUUCAUCAAUCACUGGCACAAACACACAUAAUCAAGCUGGAAAUAUGUACACUGCUAAUAUUUAUGCUACAUUUUCUUCUUUAUCCACCAGCAGCAUACAUAUAUGAAAAGUGUGUUAUAAUGUUAAUGUGGUUCGAUCUCACAUCAGUUCUACAAUAAAGUAAAAAAACUCGUAUGAAUUAAUUCAUAAUUUCUUACA